AGGAAGUCAGAGCGACAACUGACUCAUCUGACUGCUCAUCCGUUUGUCUGUCUGCAGCAGGAACAACACCGCCAUGCUGCCGCCGCUGCACGCCGUCUGCGUCCUCUCAGCGCUGACCUGUGUGUCAGCGGUCACCAUGGAGACAGUGGUGGGCCACAUCGGGACAAAGGUGAUGCUGCCGUGUCGCACAGGGGCGGGCAAACAGGGCGGAGUGGAGGUGUGCUGGGGGCGGGGCAAACCUUCACUGUUCACCUGCCACAACGCUGUGAUCAACAGCGCCGCAGCCCGCAUCACCUACAGGAAGUCACAGAGGUACUCUGUGUCUGCCUCCUCCUCUCUGUCCAUCUUCCACUCACAGCCGUCGGACUCGGGUUUCUACCACUGCAGAGUUCAGGUGCCCGGACUCUUCAACGACCAGACCUUCACCGUCCACCUCAUCAUCCUCAGCAGCCCUCGCUCUGUGGCCGUAGCAGGAAACACUGAGCUCUCAGACGGGGACCUGAACGCACCGCACACCACCACAGGUCACAUCGCCCAGGAGGCAGGAAGUGACAUCACAGGAGACGACACCACGCAGAGUCUGGAGGUCAAAACAGGAAGCAAAGAAGAGGUCAGACCAAUCAGAGAAGGAGGAGGGGACCAGCGCCGUGUGGAGCGCACAGCUGUGCACAUCUGCAGAACACCUGAGAUCGUCGUUCAUCAUCGUUUCCAUAGCAACGCUCUUCACAUCUCCUGGGGUCAGCGUGACGUACGACCAGCAUCAGGAGCUCCACCCGCGAGUCCGCUGCAGACUCCGCCCACCAACCGCGAGGGUUUCGGUUCCCUGCAGCUCGGCUUACCAGAAGCUGCGAGCGAGGAGAGGAAGCUCUGA